AUGCGCAGCGAGAAGAAGACCAAACAUCAUAAGAAGAAGCUUGAGCAGCUUUGUGAUAAGGUAAGCCCUAUGCUUAGUAUUUGCUCAAUCCAUACAUGUUAAAGGCCUUUAAAAAAAGGUCCAGGCUAACAGGAACUAUGAGAGGAAGUGAGUUUGUCAACAAAAUCUGAAUAUAAUCGAUUUUAUUGUUUUCUCUCACUUUUUCCCCAUUAUGAGACAUCAGAAGGGCCUCAUGCUGAAAGACGUAGGGACUUUAUUCUACAACAUUUGAGACAUAAAAAAUAAUUAUAGUAAUUUUAAUGCAAUGUCAAUGGGUACUGAAUAUAUUCCCUUCUAUCUACAAAUGUGAUUACCUCUUUUGCAAGCUACCUCUACUAAUGAUUGUAAUUAGGGUUACAAAAUACCUGGAAAUUUCAAUAAUUCCCUGGUUUUCCAGAAAUCCCAGUUGGAGGAUUCCCAGAAUCAGGAGGGAAUAAGCAUGAAAUGCCGAAUCCUCCAACCAGGAUUUCUGGAAAACCAGGGAAUUUAUUUUGCAACCCUAAUUGUAAUUACCUGUUCCCUGCCCUACCAUUUGUUAGCAGGACCCUCUGGUAUCCAGGCGAGACCCACAGCCACUCUGGGUGCUGGGGAGGGGACGUCUGUCUUUAAACCCUACCCGGGAGGGAAGAGGAAAAGGAGCCCGUUGUCAAAGAGAGAUCCCCUGCCGCCCAGCCGGGUGAAGAGAUGGGACCGCCGGUCAUGGCGCCGACAGCUAGACAGCAGUGCCUCAGACUCCCCACCAUCUGAUGCCAGCGUCAUGCUCAGCCCACCCUACACCCACACCCCCUUUCUCUCCCCCACAGAUACCAGUGCUCCUCCUCACCCUACUCCUCUUUCUAGCACAUCUCCCAACACCCUAAUACUUUCCCCUUCCUUCUCUUUCAGUAUGUCUUCCAGUGCCCCUAGCACCCCAGUACGCACACAGUUAUUCACCUCCAGUGCCCCUUGCACCCCACAACAUGGGACCUUUCGCAGGGAGCAGAGAUGGAAACUCGAGUCUGAGACUCGGACUCGAGUCACACUUAAAUCGCAAAGAAAAUGACUUGCGACUUGACUUAGACUCAUGAUCAAUUGACUUGAGACUUGACUUGGACUCUAGAUGAGAGACUUGUGAACAAUGCAAGUCAGUACUGGGAUAAGUUUUUGUUGUGCAUUCUGUCAGAUAACAUGGAACAGGCGGCAUUGUAACACAGAGAUAGUAGUUUAAUACAGAGGGCUGAAAAGCGUUCUAGAACGGCUGCGUCAUUUGUACGUUACUGUAGUACUACAGCUAAACAAUUGUAAUCAGCAACAAUGUCAUCAGGUGGUGAGGCUUUCGUUAUUACAUUUGGUUACAAGAACCUGCAGUAUAAUGCCAGAGGCAAAAAACGAAAUGCUGUUUGCAAAACUUGUGGAAUUAACAUUAAAGAUGCAUUAAAGCGCAACUACAUCUAACUUCAUCUGCAUUUGAAAACUCACCGCGAAAGGUCAGUUAGGCUAGCUAGCUAACAACGUUACAAUGUGGUUAGACUAAUAAUAGCCUGUUUAGCAGAUGCCAGCUUGAUAUAGCUAGCUUUCUUGUGUGUCAUCUUUUAGCUAACUGGAAAUGUAUUACUGUCGAAUAUUUCUCGAAAGGUUAAGAGGUGGGUUGUCAGAUAGCUAGGCCUACUUGUUAGCAGAGAUGAUUAAAUUACAUCUCAGCGAUAUGGAUAUCACUAUGGGAUUUAAUAUACUUUCUGUUGUAGCCUGGUCGUAGGAAGUAACUUAGUAUAAAACGAGAGUUCAAAGCAUGCAACUUCUUGGACAUUUCUGCUGAAAAAUCCCAUAGACCAUAUAUAUUUGUUUGUGUCCUUGUACUUCCAUCUCAAGUCAGCAACAACUAUCCACCAUGUUGUUCAUCUGCAGGUUCACUGAAUUCUGCAAAGCAAAGGUGGCCAGCGCAGGGACAGAAGGACAGAGCAGCAUUGACUCAUUCUUGACCACCACAGGUGUCCAUGUGUACAGCCAGGGCCACCCCAGGCAGAAGGCCAUAACAGAGGCUAUACUGCAAGACCUGAUCAUUUCCUGCAACCUGCCUAUGUCCUUAGUGGACAACCUUCACUUUAGGCAUUUCAUGUCAGUGGUAGAUGACAAAUAUAGACCAGUAAGUAGGCCCACAUUGACCAGGCGCCUGCAUGACUUAACAAUGAACAAAGAGGCUACAAUCAAAAGUGCCCUAGAGAAGACAGAAUCAGUGUCUGUCACUGUAGAUAUAUGGACUGACAGGACCAUGAGGGGCUUCAUGGGAGUAACGGCCCAUUACAUGGCCAUGGAAGAGAAAAAAACUCCCAGACUGGAGUCAGUUCUGUUGAGCUGUGAUAGAUUCACAGGGUCACACACUGGGGAAAGAAUCAGUGAUACAUUUGAAGUAAUAUGUGAUAAUUUUGGCAUAAAACAUAAAUUAGAUUAUAUCAUAUGUGAUAACGCUGCAAAUAUGAAAAAGGCCUUCACAGUUUGUUUCCCCAAAGCAAGCAAUGAUCAUGAUGAUGAUGAUGAUGAUGUGGAUAACCCCAGCCUAUGGGAAGAAUUUGGUGAAGAGUACAAUGCUGAUGUUGAAGCUAUCCAAACCAACUGCAGGCAACAGCGCUUACAGUGCUUUGCCCAUUCAUUACAACUGGUGAUUAGAGAUGGACUAAAGGAAACAAAAAUCAUAAACAGUGUGAUGGCUAAGGUAACUAAACUUUGCAGCUUACUACAUACUACAUGUGGUCUGAAAGAAGCAUUUGAAGCUGAGUUCGGAGCCAAUCGUAGUAUCCCUGCUGCUGUGUCUACCAGAUGGAAUUCCAUCCUCCGGCUUGUUAAAGCAGUCACCAAUCUGAAUCAACAAAGCCUCAAUACUCUACUUGAGGCCCAAGGACACAAGGAGCUCUGCUUAUCACCAAGGGAAUGGAGCCAGCUGUUAGAGCUAGUGGACAUUUUGGACCCUUUUGCCAGGCCACUGACCUUACUCAGGGGGAGAAAGUGACUCUCAGUGCUGCACUUCCUUGUGUAUUGUCACUCAACUAUCAUCUGCAAAGUAUACUGAGCAAGUCGUCACCUAGUCAGUCAGUAAAAGCACUGCAGCAGUCCCUCAAACGUCGAUUCCAUGGGGUGUUUGGGAAUGUCAGAAUGGAGCACUCGGAUGAACAGGCAACAAAACUUCCAUUUGGUGACAAUGUAUACAUAAUGGCUGCACUGCUGGACCCAUCUUUCUGCCUGUUCUGGCUUGAUCAUGAUGUCCUCAUACCACAUGAAGAUAAAGCUGAAUUGAAGGAGAGUCUGAUUGGUAGGUACAAUGCAUUGCAACAUGCAACGUUUUCUAUGCCACUUGCAUUCAAAUAAUAAUGAUUUGUUUUCAUGUAUAAUGUAUCCUGUUAUAUUCUUGAUUAUAUACAUCAUUUUAUGAAUUUUUUUCAGACCUUGUUUUCGCUGAGGCACGGAAAGUCACCGUUUGGGAGAGCAGUAGUGAAGAAGAAGAAGAAGAAGAACCACCUGCCAAAACCUCCAGACUGUUCUUUGGCUACCGCAACAAGAUCAGCAAGAACAAAGGAGACAUAAAGUAAUCUGUCAGAGCAGAGAUUAUUCGCUACAUUCAAGUAUCUUCUGAUGAAAAUGAAGUUGAUUGCUUGGAUUUUUGGAGAAUCCAUGCGAAAGACUUUCCAAGGCUCAAGCAGGUAGCAAUGACAGUGUUGGCUGUGCCUGCCACCAGUGCCCCAGUGGGGAGAGUGUUUAGUCAUGGAGGCCUCAUCGUGCCAGGCUCAGUGCAUGAACGCUGACAAACUUGAUCUUUCUGAAAUGUAACCUGUCUGCAACAGAAAUGUUCUCUGUCUUAGGGCACAGGAUGUAAUUUGCUACUUGUUACAGGAAAUUGUGUUUCUGUUGUUAAGUGUCCAGGUCAGUAAGUAUAUUUUAGGUAUAUAGAACACUUUAGUAGUGCCGUUAUUGAACAGUUGUUAGUCAUUUUAGUUUACAUUUAUACUUGUCAUUUAUCUUCCCUCACCUACAGAUGUUCUGUUUGUGUGACAGAAUGAAGUGAAAUAUAGACAAUGUCUGCCACAAAAUACCACGCACUUUAAAAUGUUAUGUUAGCUUUUGAUAUCCGGUACAGUUACUUUUAUUCAUGUAAACUGUCUACAUUUUAAAAGGAAAUUUAAAUAGUGCCUGAUGUGCUUUCUUUCAUACAAGUAUGGACUAAUGAAGGGAGUCUCUUCAAAUAAUUUACAAGGUUUAUAGACCUAACUCACAGCAAGCAGAAAGCCAUUGCCAAAAGGGACUUGUGACUUGACUUAGACUUGGCCCUAAAAGACUUGAGACUUGACUUAGACUUGGCCCUAAAAGACUUGAGACUCGACUUGGACUCUACCCCAAAGACUUGUGAACAUAUCUGGCAGGGAGUCAACAUUCCACACCAGGAGCGACAUCUCAGGAAAUAGGACUACAUGUUGUGGGCUGGAGAGCUGUCCACCAGCAGCUGAAGGGACAGUAACCAUUGCCAACCCUAAAGUCUUAGUAACCAUCCCUAAAGCUAGAUGUCAAGUAGCUAUAUGUCACACUCCAUGCCCAGACAUGUUCAAUAUUAAAGAGGAUACAGCGAAGAUAGAUGAUUCUGAGAUGAGAAUGAGCAGUGAAAUGAAGAAGACUUCAACGCCAAAGAAAAUGACUGAGAAAUGUUCUUCUGCCAUAGCUACAACUUCCGUAUCAUCACAUGCCAGUCCCACUCUGAAAGAAUCUAAGAUUCCACAAGCUGACCCGUGACUACAGAAACCAAUGAAACCACCAGCCUCACCUGAUGUUUCUUCAACUGAGCUAGACCGUGGGACCCCAUCCCAGGCAGUAAGCUAACACUCACCUCCAUCUUUUCCUACACUUAUCAUUUACCACAGACCAAGAGAAGUCCACGUAAAAGCCCUAAGUCUCCAUGUAAUUCAUCUCCUCAGUCAACUACAGAACAUCAGAAACACAAGUCUUCUCAAAAUAAGAAAAGUCCUAAAACCAAGACCUCUGAUUCACCUAAAUUAACACCUGCACCUUCUUUGUCAGAGAAGCAGACAGACAAAACUGAGUGUCAUUUCAAGAAACCACUAACACCUCAGAGUGUUGUCAGUAGGAAGGCAGGCUCUGUAGUGUCACAACAUGCUCUAUCCACCAAAAAUACCAAAUCCCCAAGUGCUGGAGGGAGCCGGCCAACCGACAAGAGUUCUCCUCCCAGUGACAUUCGUCUUAAAACUAGGUUCUGCAAACACAGCUUUGAGCCAAAGCUGUGAUGAGUGAUUUCGAAGGAGUCAGGCGCAGGAGUGUAAAUCACAGAAUAACAGGAUUUAUUCCGAAACACAGAGUUACGCAGUAAUGCGUCAAAACACUCCAGUGCGCAAAACAGGCACACUGGAAACAACAAAGCACACAGGGAAAUAUCCCGGCGAUACAAAAUACAAGGAGCUCCAUCGAGCUUCUCUAACCUCCACAAUAAACUAUCACACACAAAGACAAGGGGGCAGAGGGAACACUUAUACAGGUACUGAUGAGGGGAUAUGAACCAGGUGUGUGUAAUAAACAAGACAAAAUAAAUGGAAUGAUUUGAUGAGGAGUGGCAGUGGCUAGAAGGCUGGUGACGACUAACACCGAAGCCUGCCCGAACAAGGAGAGGAGGCAGCUUCGGAGGAAGUCGUGACAAAAGCCAAAGGGGGACAGUGGGAGGAAAGAGAGACCUUCCCUUCCAAGCCUUAGAGACUUGAAGCAGGCAUUUACAGCCCUUUGUCAGCCUGUAGUAGCUAAACUCUCCAGUGGAUUGUCUAGGGCUCCGACUGACACACAGAGGCUGUUCAAGACCCCCUCCCCCAAUACCUCCUCACACAAGAUCCCCUCUCCCAAGAGGCCUCAGAGUAGAGGUCUUCACGGAUCUACCCAGGAUCAGAGGAUCAGAGAUCCGAUCCAGGAUCAGAGCUUGUCUAUGCGGCCCACCACCAGCACCUCCAGCACAACCAACAACCCAGAAGGGAGACCUGCAGCCUCAGCCUCAAUCCUGGGCAUGAGUUCAGAGCAAAAAAUGAGACAAGGUUUCCAGACACCGGACACACCCAGGCCAAAUAGCUACCCCCCCAAGAGCAAACCCACAGGCAUUUCCCCAAACUAUAGAGGUACCGGUACUCCUUUCCGGGGAAGUGAGGGGAAUCUAACAACUUCCCCUACCUCUAGGGGCCUGGCAACCUCCCAUGACUGUCCAUCUCAGAAUAAAGCCUCAUAUUCUGCCACACUACCACGUGAGAGGGAGAGGGAGAGAGAGAGGGAGAGACGGGAGAGGGAGAGGGAGAGACGGGAGAGGGAGAGGUGUCCUCCCUCACCCAGACACCCUCACCCAGCAUGGGGCCCAGUUCCACAUCCAAGCAGGGAGGGUCAUCCUAAAGAAGACUUUAGAAAGAAAGACAAGACUACUAGAGGACAGGAGGACUUUAGAACUAAAGUCAAAAUACCUUGUGCACCAACUCAAAAACCCUCUACCUCUCACAAGGGUUGGCCAAAUGUACCCUCACCCUGCCAGAAUCCUCCACCUGCGAGAAAUGGUCCUCAGUCACGCUCCAAAAAGACCAAAGGCACCCACUUACCCGCAGCUCAGAUUAACUGUAAAUUAAUAUGUAUUCUGUACAAGUGA